AUAUCUGGCAACCCAGCUGAGGAACUCGGCUCCAGUUACAGCUUUACUCUGAGAAGAAACGCUAAAGCGAGUCACUAAAGCUUUAACACUCCAUUUAACAUUAAACCCGGUUAGUGGAGAGAAUAAACUCUGAUCCUGCUGAGCUGAUGAUGAGGAUGGUGAUGAUGAUGAUGAUGAAGAUGAGGAUGAUGAUGAAGAUGAUGUUGCUCUUCGUCUCUUUGCUGCUGUUCCUCUCUCACUUCUCAGCCAGUUUUCCUCUUAAAGGCUGUGUGUGUGAGCACGUAGAAAACACCAUCAACACCACACGACUCGUUAACACACUGAAGAUGAUCAGGAACAAACACAUGGCCUUGGUAAAUCUCACAUGUGUGUGUUUGCGUGAGUGUCAGCGUGUUGUUCAGCUCUACGUUGACGGUUCAGUGAUCGAGGUGAAGGAGUACGAGCGAGAGAUGCUGGAGGACGAGUGUGUGAAAAGGGUGAAGGAUCUCAGCGUGAUGGAGGAACCAGGAGACGUGUCCGCGUUGUCUGUUGUGACACCACUCGUAGGAGUUUCGGUCUUCAUCACGCUUCUUCUGCUCAGCUUCGCCAUGUUUAAAAGACAAGAAUCUCAGGCUGGAGGUGUUAUAGGAUCUCUUAUUCAUUACCCCGCUCGCUCUCUGGAGAAUUCGACGCAGCAGGGAAGCCUUCUACCUCCAGAGACUAAAACUCCCUACUGACACGGUAAAGCAUUUACAGGAUGUCCAGGUGAGAGCUCGUCCUGGAGGUGUAGGAUCACAGAUUCGUUUUGGAGAAGGAAAGGAUUUUUACUGCAACACACACACUUCCUCCAGGUGCAUCAGGAACACACGGUGGUGUGUAACGCUUUCUUGGUGCACUGACAUUACUACAGGACUCCAAACAGCUGAAAUGCAAACUCAGGCUUCAUCCCAAAAGCUCAUCAGCUCAUCACUCCUUAGUGUUCUUUACUACGGCGGUUUUCCUUCUAAGGCUGCGUCCCAAACACACUCUGCUCUAACGAGACUUCUUUACAUCCGCAAAGAUCUUUCCUUUUCCUUUGUGGAAAAAAACCUCUUUCUUUCUCUCUUAUCUUUCUCAUCAAUAAGCUGAAAUGUUUAAAUGGUUCAGACUUGCUGUGUUCCUUGGUCUUGUUAACCGUAUCAUAGAAAAGUAAAAGAGUAUAACACAUUUAUUACUUUGAACGGAAUUUGUGUACCUGUUCCGCAAAUGUUUAAAAAAAAUUCCAGAUUUGUUCAGUCUGGAAACCUGCACAAUAAUCCUGUUUACAUUUUAAAAUAUAGAUAAGAUCAAUUUUAUUGAUAUCUCAUGAGAAAUUAUAGUGUUACAGUGGCAUGAUAGUAAGAAGAUAACACCCAAGAGGAUAAACAAACAAACAAACAAACAAGUUUUAUCUACACUGCUGUCCUUCAUUUUUCCUCUCUGAAUGUAAACAAACAAACAAAAAAAAUCCCAGACUCUUUGAAUGUCACAAAUAUUCACUACUUGAUUUAAUGUACUGAAAUACUGUAAGAUAAAAUCAGGGAAUCAUUAAAGCACAAAGAAGAUUGAUUUCUCAAGUAUUAUAAACAUGAAUAAAUGCACCAUACUGUCUGUUUAGAUUCAGUUAAAAGUUAACGCUAAUUAUACGCAUCCUUCACUGUUAUUUUUAUGAUUAAAUAAUUUUAAAAGUGCUUCUAUUUCUUUUAAAACAAGUCUGUACUGUAAUAUGCUCAGUAUUUAUAAUAAA